CGACCAUUUGACUAGUAACUCACUAUGAGCAGAGGAUUUAACAACAGGGGCAGAGGUUUCAGCAGAGGUGGUGGGAGAGGCGGUGGGGGUGGGUGGAGCGGUGGACGAGGCGGCUUUCAGCAGCGAGAUAUGGGACCUCCUGACCACGUUCUGGAAAUUGGCACGUUUGUACACGACGUCGAAGAUGAGAUGCUCUGCACUGUGUCAAUGCCGGAGAAGGUGCCAUACUUCAACGCACCGAUCUAUCUGCAAAACAAGUCCGUCAUCGGCAAGGUUGAUGAAAUUCUCGGGCCAAUAAAUGAGGUUUAUUUCUCAGUGAAGAUGGGCGAGGGGAUGGUCGCGAGCAGCUUCAAAAAGGGGGACAAGGUUUACAUUGGACCGGACAAGCUGCUACCGCUUGACCGCUUCUUGCCAAAACCCAAAGUAGCCGGAGAAGUUAAGAAAAGGGGACGCGGUGGUGUCGGUGGACGUGGGGUACGGGGUGGAGGACGCGGCGGGUUCGGAGGACGAGGAGCACCAAGGGGCCGUGGUGCGCCUGGAGGAUUCUCUCGGGGAGGUAGCCGUGGAGCCUUUGGUGCACCUCGCGGUGCACCUAGAGGAGGGGCGGGCCGUGGCUUCGCUCCCCGGGGACGUGGGGCUGGUGGUGAGAGCCGUGGUUUCCGAGGUUCCUAGACGCCAGCGUCGCUCACCUCUUUACCAUACAUGUACCACGUGUAAUGUUAGCUGGUUUCCG